AUGGCAGACGAAUUACCUAUGGAAGCCAUGGAUGACAUGCCAGAGCUCAUCGAUGUCGAUUUGCCGGCAGAGCUCCCUUCUUUGAUUGACCAAAACAAAGAUGAUGGCGUAGAUGAAGAUGGAUUCAAGAAGGUGACACGUAAGAGAAAACCAGCAACCAAAGAUGUUGAAAUGGAAGACCAAACAGAAGGUACCGAGGGAGCCGAAGGAGCAGAAGGAGCAGAAGGCACAAGUGAUAAGGCUGAUCGCCCAAGACAUGCAAAGAGAUCCAAAGGAGUUAGGGGUGAAAUGAGAAGAGUUCCUGUUCCAAAACAUCGUUAUGGUGCCUUGAAGAAUGCCUGGAGAGAAAUUUUAACUCCCAUCGUUAAAAACUUGGGUUUACAAGUCAGAUUCAAUCUGAGAUCUAGAAAUGUUGAGUUGAGGAAUCCUGAAGAUAGGGAAGAUACCACUGAUUUACAGAAGGCAGCUGAUUUCGUUAAAGCUGUCGUUCUCGGUUUCGACGUGAAUGAUGCCUUGGCUCUGAUCCGACUUGAUCACCUUUUCUUGGAGACUUUCGAAAUCGCUGAUGUGAAGAGCUCAUUGAAAGGAGAUCAUUUGAGCAGAGCCGUUGGACGUAUCGCUGGUAAAGAUGGAAGAACCAAAUUGGUCAUUGAAAAUGUCACAAAAACAAGAAUGGUACUUGCUGACACUAAAAUUCAUUUAUUGGGAGCCUUUAACAACUUGAAAUUGGCCAGAAACGCAAUAUCCAGUCUAAUUUUGGGUUCAACUCCUUCUAAAGUUUAUGGAAGUUUAAGGAAUAUCGCCAGUCGAGCCAACGACCGAUUAUAA